GUUGAAAUUGGGGUCUGUCAUUGUCAGUGUUUAUGGUAGUGGUUACGUUUAAUUUUUCAAUAUUUCUCAAGAAUAUUCUGUAAAUACUAAUGUCGUAACCCUUUUGAUGCUAGAUAAAAUAAAAAGAAUGUGGUCCACACAGAUGCAAAGUCAAAUGUUCCAGAACCAACAAAAUGCUGAAAAAGCUGAACAAGCCAAAAAGCAAGCACUGGGUAUGACUUCUGCAAUCUCGCUUGCUGGCCCUAAACCCAUUGAUGUUCAGAGAACCAAAGAACUAGAAGAAGCUCUCAAGCCAUACAAUGUAACAGAAUCUGACCAGGAAUUGAAUCAUCGGAUGGAGAUUCUGAGCAAACUGAAUGCCUUAGUGAAGGAAUGGAUCAAGGAGAUUAGCAUAAGUCGCAACAUGCCAGAGAGUGUAGCCGAGCAGGUGGGAGGAAAGAUCUACACCUUCGGCUCCUACAGGCUAGGUGUCCAUCACAAGGGAGCUGAUAUUGACGCUCUGUGUGUCGCCCCAAGGCACAUUGACAGGGCAGACUACUUCACGUCUUUCUUUGAAAAACUCAAGAGCCACCCAGAAGUAACCGAUUUGAGAGCCGUUGAAGAAGCCUAUGUUCCUGUCAUUAAAAUGAAUUUUGAUGGGAUAGAAAUUGAUAUGCUGUUUGCAAGAUUAGCUCUCAAGGAAAUCUCAGAAAAAAUGGAUUUAAAAGACGAUUUGCUGUUAAAGAAUUUAGAUCAAAAAUGUGUUCGAAGUUUGAACGGCUGUAGGGUAACAGAUGAAAUUCUUAGGUUGGUACCUAAUAUUGAAAACUUUCGCCUAGCCCUUCGAACUAUCAAACUCUGGGCCAAAAAGCACGGGAUCUACAGCAAUGUUCUGGGUUACCUGGGAGGAGUGUCAUGGGCUAUGUUGGUGGCUCGUACCUGUCAGUUGUAUCCUAACGCUGUGGCUGCUACACUCGUUCACAAGUUCUUCCUAGUGUUCUCACAGUGGAAGUGGCCGCAGCCCGUUCUUCUCAAACAGCCUGACAACGUUAACCUGGGCUUUCAAGUCUGGGACCCUAGGGUAAAUGUAUCGGAUCGCUAUCACCUAAUGCCUAUCAUCACACCAGCCUAUCCUCAACAGAACUCGACUUUCAACGUCUCCGUGUCAACCAGAACAGUGAUGCAAGAAGAGUUUAAACAAGGCCUUCAAACAACGGAAGACAUUGUUUAUGGAAAAUGCGGCUGGGACAGAUUGUUUGAAGCACCAAAUUUCUUUGCCAAAUACAAGCAUUUCAUAGUACUGAUAGCGAGUUCCACUUGUGCCGAAGACCAGCUGGAGUGGUGUGGUCUGAUAGAGUCCAAAGUGAGGUAUCUCAUCAUGAACUUGGAGCGUAACCAACACAUAGUGCUGGCCCAUGUCAACCCAGAGUGCCACUCGGGUGUUCCACCCGCACCCGACCAGACCAACGCACCCACCAACAUGUGGUUCAUUGGCCUAGUUUUCGCCAAGACUGAGAACCUCAAUGUCGACCUCACUUACGACAUUCAACACUUCACAAACGCUGUUCAUCGGCAAGCAGGAAUGAUUAAGAUGAUAAAAGAAGGGAUGAAGAUUGAGGCUCGGUAUGUUAGAAGGAAGCAGCUGUCAGCAUAUUUACCUGCGUAUUUACUUAAGAGAGAAAGAAAGGUUUCCACGAGCUCCACGUCCGCUCCCAACGGAAGUGUUUCUCCCCAGACAAACUCUACAAGUGAAGUCCCAAACAGAAAGAGGCAUUCCGAUUCAAACAUGGACACAGGCGCAAAGAAAUCCAAACACAGCAUAGACGUGCCUGACGACUCCCCAAACAAUUCAAUAAUAGUGCAAUGCAACACUGACGACUCAAAUUCUGCCAUGUCAGAAGAUGAAAGGUUAUAUGCCACUCUCAACAAUCCACCUUUAAUGAACGAUACUUUGCCCAUCACAAAUGAGGAAAGCCCGAAGGAGGAGGUGGUCUGCACAUGACCUUUGCUGGCACAGUAGAAGGCUCUUGACAACUGAUGGUGUUGCAGAAGCAGAAAGCAGGAAUGCUGAUCUCUCGGCUCCCGUAGUUCUUAAGUCAUAAUGUUAAUUGGUAUACUUGACAGGCUAAGGACUGGACCUCCCAAUGCCUUCGAUACUGCCUUCAUCAGGUCUCGGUUCUGUUUCGUUCUGUAAUCCUUCACUGCCAGGCAAACAUUGUCGACAGUCUUCUAAAGUCUCGUUCAGGCUGUAACUGAGCCAAACGUCGCAUUUGUCGAAGCUUUCAGAAGACUUUCCCAGAUUUUAAGGAAAACCACAGCUCAGAGGCUUGAAAUUUGAAGACGCUUCCCUUCGAACGAAGCUCCUUUAGAUUAACCCUCGGAACAUUUUUAUUCCUGUAAAUUAAUUUGUAUUUUUUACUAUAUUGUUGGUAGCUUAUAAGCUUUAUUUAUAUUAAGUGUUUGUUGUUGAUGAAUUUGUGUUUUACAAAACUUUAACACAAGGAUAUACAAAAUUUGUAAUUGGUUUUGCAAUUACAAUAGUCAAUAAAUCAAUUGUUGAGAUGGUAGAUCAUCAUAUCUAUCAUCUGAAUGUGAGGUGUAUGGUUUGUUACAGAAACACAGACAAUGAAUGUCCUUAUGUUAAGUAAUAUAAGACCGUUAUCCCCUUGUGCGUAUUUGUUCCAACUAAUUAAUGAAUCAUAAACGAUUGUCACUCGUAUAUGUAUGUUAUUACUGACUUGCUGCUAUCCGUGCUUUGUAACGGGAAGAGGACGUGAAAAAGAAUAAUGUGGUUCUUUAGAUGUGCUGUAUGGAAUAGUUACAAAUUUUCAAAAGUUUUUCUAACCCCUUCAUUGCUUGCUAGAAUUUUAUUAAAUAUCAUCCAAUCAUUUUACUUGUUUUGCAUGAUUCUAGCAUCAUUUACUUCCAUCGCAAUGAUUACAAGGUAUAAAGGUAUGCUUGUGUAAUAGUAUAUUUCGUACCUAGGGUCAAAAAUGAGGUUUUGCUGGCUCGAGAUAGUUUUUAAAACAAUCGAGAGCUGCAAAACCGUUUCGGUCCGUGGUACAAACGCUAUUUUUUACCACACUAUAUCCUAUUACCACUAUUCACCACAAUAAUAAUGCACACUGAUAGUCAACACAACUACAACUUUAAGGUUAUGUGAAGAAAUAAUUUGAGGUAUCAGCAAAAAUAAUAAUAAAUAGUUGCUAGGCAUCGGUGACAAUAAAACAAUUCUAUUGCAAUGCUAUGGAUACUGAUUGUGUAUUUAAUAUGAAUUCAUGUUUUAAGAAAGUAAGUGGGCAGCUGAUUUUGCGGCCCUAGGGAUGUAAAAACCUUCUUGGUCCCCAAAUAACGAUGACAGCUGGCAUUGCCAGCAAAACGUAACUUUCAGCCACCAAUUAACGUAUGUAAAACAGCUAAAAACAUCAUAGUGUGUAGUAGUGCCAUCGUCUAUUGGUUACAAUGUUGUUGUGACCAUUUUUCUUUUAAAUGUCUUAGACAUCAUCAUUGUUUCCCAAAAUUGCGGAAAAAGUCUUGUUUAUCUCCAGAGGUCAUCAACGUCUUCCGCGAUCUUGGAAAGAUACCGAAAGUUUCCCGCGGUCACUUAUGACAAUAUUGUCAUUUCUGCGAUUAUGGAAAAUCCUAGACAAAUCAUGCGAUGAUGGUAAAAAUCAUCUUCAUCUUUGGCGAUCGUUUUGUUGGUAAAUAUUUAACAUCUCCCGAACUCGCGGGGGCAUCACUAUCGUUUCCCUCGAUCCCAGAAACUUUAUUGUUGUUAUCUACAAUCGUGGCAAUCUCCUGAGGUAACGUAUAACUCAUCGUCUUAGACAAUUGCAAGAAAAUUUGAGCUUCUCUCGUGGUUAUGCAAUUGCGGAAAAAUUCUGAAUAUCUUCUACCGCAACAUUAUUGUUUUCCCACAAUUGCGGCAAAAUCCUUAACAUGCUGCUCCUCAGUUUCUUAGGCGACAGAUUAGUGGGGUUGUACUGUAACUCAAACUUUUUUUUUCAAUCACAAAUGAAAAAUAAAUUAAACAAAAAUGUAUUUUGAAAUAAAAAUGUUUAGUAAUACAGAGGUCAGUCACAAUUAGUUUCAAUUUCCAGGGUUCCACCUUACCCAGUUUUUGGAUAUCUUAAAAAUGUUAAUCACGCCGACAGAAUAAAAAUGUAUUUGACUAUGUUUAUGAUAUGUUUAUAUUUUGGUGUUUCUCUAUGCCAUUGGCAUUUUUGUUUGUUGUAAGGAAACAGUCCAAACCGUUCUUAUUAUGUUCUAAUGCCUACCUUUUGACAGCGUAAUUAACUACCAAUGUUAAAUAACAUCUUGGUCCGUAAACAUUUGGAAUUGAACUAGCUACCUUCAGAUUUGAAGGUCAGCACUACAACUACUCGUUAACCGAGACCUUUAUGAACACACUGUAUGUUUAAUUAGUAGGAAGUGAGUACAAAAUAAUAUGACAUCCUAAAUUAAAGUUAAUUGAUUUUAACUUUACAUCAGUUUUCUAAGAAUUGAUAACUUUCCAAAAAUUUUGUGUUGAAUAUUAUUUAGAUUGAUUUAACAAAUCACCAUUCACAUUAAGUUAGAAAACUUUCAAAUUAAGUAAAGAUCCAAAUUUUCUUAAAUUGUAGAUUUUGCAGCACAAUUUUAUGGGUAUGAUAUUUGAUAUGGGUAGUUUUAUUCAUUUUAAUGUAUCAUAUUUAUAAAAUUAAACAUCAUCAUAGUUAAGG